UGUGGUCAGCUGAUAAAAGUAAUGGGAAGCCCAUACUUAUUUCUUUAAACUUAUGGUCACAUAUCCCAGUCUCAGGGCAACUUAACUGAGAACCUUUAUUUCAUAUGUUUUCAUUUAUUUAUUUAUUUUGCAGGAAGUUCAAGUUCCUUUAUGUAUGUCAAUUGACAUCAUCUUUAUUUUCUUUUGGAUCUUAAACUAAACAGUGAAAGAUUUUUUUCAGCCAUGUUGAGCAUGAGAUUCUAUGAAAGAGAUGCAAUUUAAUUGAAUUUAUUUAUCAUGGAAUAUUUAUUCAGUUUAAAUGUUUUGUACAGUGAGGAAUUCCACAGGACACCGUUCAGGCAUUCUUAGCAGCAUAUCGUUUGGGAGGUGUCCUGUGAUACUUUGACCCAUUAUUCAUACAGCUAUGUAGAUAAGCUAGAUAUAAUACAUCACUGAGUAACGCAGGCAGACUCCAUCUUAAGUAAACUCACAUUUGCCAAGAGAAGACUGUAAGAAACAUUGGUGUUUGUAAAACAUCAGACAUUUACAAUGGGCCUUUCAGGAUCCAGACACAAACCUGAAGCACGUAUCCUCCUCCUAGGGCUUGACGGAGCUGGAAAAUCAACUCUUCUUUACAAACUGAAAUACAAUGAGGACUUCCACACAGUUCCUACAAUUGGAUUCAAUGUAGAAAUGAUCGAAGCCAAGAAGAACAGGGACAAAAUCUUCCUGACCGUGUGGGACGUUGGCGGUCAGAUAAAGAUGCGAGCGCACUGGAGGAAUUUUUACCAAGACACAGCUGGAAUUGUGUUCGUGGUGGACUCUUCUGAUAUUAAGCGUCUGGACGAGGCCAAGGGCAUCCUGGAACAGACCUUAAAGAGCGAGCACCUCAGGGGACUCCCGGUGGUGGUUCUUGCCAACAAGCAAGAUAUUGUAGGAGCUGCUACAGUAACAGAGAUCACAGAGCAGUUUAACCUGAGAAAGAGUUGCAGUGAACGAGACUGGUUCAUUCAGCCGUGUUCGGCGCUGACUGGAGCAGGUCUAGUGGACGGUUUCAGACGAAUGGCACACCAUGUGAAAAAGACACCCGAGGACAAUAACAUCAAAGAGACCGUGAAGUAUAUAAAAUCAAAAUCUGUUAUGAAGAAAUAGCCCACAUGGUAACUUAUGAAUCACUUUUAUGGAAGGUUGUGUAUACUAUCCUACUAAAUAUAGUUGACAGUUCAUAAUCAUGUGCAACCCUAUAAGGUUUAAAUGAGUCACACACAUUUGCAAGAUACUGAAAACUACCUUGAGAUGUUCUAAACGAAUUCAGAAAUUCAUGAAUACAGCAACCAAGCCUUUGAAG